AUGGAUUCCUCGUCGACUAAAGCGCAGGAGGAACUUUCAGUGAGCGAUGUGUUUAGUCCACAGGCGGACAUGUCUCAAUCCCGCGAAGAGAAUGGUCCGAACGGCAUUCGAGUUGCUGGGUUUCGCAUGAGCAAUUACAGUCCAGAGCGCAAGCAAGGAUCAGCGAUGAAGGAGCUUGGUGGGGCCAAUCCUUUUCCAGCGCCGAAACUAAAUACGAUCCCGCUGGCCGGUAAAGCAGACCGACGGAAGAAGAAGAAAAAGCAGCAAGGAAACGAAGCCACCUCGGCUCUUUCCACCGUGCGUGGGUUUACGCCUAUGGGUUCGGGCGAUGAGGAGUCGGAUUUCUCAACCUCGAGCUCCAGAGUCCCUACUGGUUCGAAGUCACACCCAGUCACCACGAACAUCGGCAACCACAGUGGUGUAAGUGCCUUGAAGCUUCAGCUCGAUUCCUUGGAUUUGUCCGGCGGCCGUCGUCCAAACAAGAGUCCCAGCGAGAUGUGCUCCCAGACGCCAAGCAAUGCUAGUGUUUGUUCAGACAGCGAUCAGACAGAGGUCUUGACCAGUUACGAGGUGCCUCUGGAGCAUGAUUAUGUGAGUCCAGAUGCUGCAGCCGAGGAGAAAUCUCAGAAUACCUCCAGUGUUCGGGAUGUACGCACUCAGCUCUGCCGAAAGAUGACUACGGAUGACUUUGAGCCGUUGCUCUGCCUGGGGAAGGGCUCCUUUGGAACGGUGUUGCUUGUGCGCCAUGUCCUCACGGGCAAGUUGUAUGCGCAGAAGCAGUUCCGGAAGGCGUCCAUUACCGUCCACAAGAAGCUCGUGGAACAGACCAAGACCGAGCGUACCAUUCUGGAGAGCGUCAACCGCCACCCAUUCGUGGUUAAGCUUUUCUACGCAUUUCAGGAUCAUGAGAAGCUGUAUCUUAUCCUGGAGUAUGCCGAAGGCGGCGAGUUGUUUACGCAUCUGGCUAUGGAGCGUAUGUUUGACGAAGACGCGGCGGCCUUUUACAUGGCGGAGAUGGUUCUUGCGCUCGAGCAUCUUCACCAGACUGUCGGGGUUAUCUACCGAGACCUGAAGCCGGAGAAUUGCCUUUUAGACCGAGAAGGCCACCUUGUGUUGACAGACUUUGGCCUUAGUAAGAUCUCCGUCGACGACGACGAUCGCUGCAAUUCGUCCCUGGGUACCAUUGAAUACAUGGCUCCCGAAGUCAUCCAAGGCAAACCAUACGGCAAAGCCUGUGACUGGUGGUCUCUGGGAGCCCUGGGCUAUGAUCUGCUGACGGGAUCUCCUCCAUUCCGCGCCAAUAACCACACCAAGCUUCAGGAGAAGAUCCUCAAGCAAAAGCUGACUCUGCCGUACUUCCUUGGUCCGGACGCCAAAGACCUGCUCACGCGUCUCCUUCGCAAGGAGCCGUCCAAACGUCUGGGAUACCACAUGCCUAAGGACCUCCAGACGAUCAAGAAUCACCGAUUCUUCCGCAAGAUCAACUGGAGGGCCCUGGAACGCCGGGAGAUCGAACCGCCCAUCAUCCCGGUCGUAACAGACCCCUCGAUGGCGGAGAAUUUCUCGGCGGAUUUCACCAAUCUCCCCUUGAGUCCGCUCAUCGGAUUUGACGAUCAUGAAUUCAUCAUGGCGCCUCCGCUACGCGGUCAACAUGGCAUGGCCACCGGACAUGACGGAUACGGGGAGACCGAUCCCUUUGGGGGAUUCAGCUUUGUGGCUUCUAGCAGUUUACUGGAUCAUGGUACUGGAAUGAUGACCGCUGGAUACUAG